GCCGUGCUACAUCCGGGUCUGAGACGAGGAUGGGCGCCAGGUUUCAAGAUGGCGGCGGAGGGAGGAGGGAAGGAGGCGAACGACGUUAAAAGUCAGUUCAGCACCCGAGAAGGAGUCUACAGGCUCCUCACGCACUCCGAGUACAGCCGCCCCAACCGGAUGCCGUUCAACUCACAGGGCUCCAACCCUGUCAAGGUCUCCUUCGUGAACGUCAACGACCAGUCCGGUAACGGAGAGCGGAUCUGCUUCAAUGUGGGCCGAGAGCUUUACUUCUACAUUUACAAAGGUGUCCGAAAGGCUGCUGAUCUUAGCAAGCCAAUAGACAAGAGGAUAUACAAAGGGACGCAGCCAACGUGUCAUGACUUCAACGCCCUCACAGCGACAGCAGAAAGCGUCUCCCUGUUGGUGGGCUUCUCUGCCGGCCAGGUGCAGCUCAUCGACCCAAUCAAGAAGGAAACCAGCAAGCUCUUCAACGAGGAGAGGCUUAUCGACAAAUCCAGAGUAACGUGCGUCCGAUGGGUUCCCGAUUCCGAGAGCCUGUUUCUGGUGGCUCACUCCAGCGGCAGCAUGUACCUGUACAACGCCGAGAACACCUGCGGCACCACGGCGCCUCACUACCAGCUCCUCAAGCAGGGGGAGAACUACGCUGUGCACACCUGCAAGAGCAAGUCCGCUCGCAACCCGCUGCUGCGCUGGACGGUGGGCGAGGGGGCACUCAACGAAUUUGCCUUCUCUCCGGACGGGAAGUUUCUGGCGUGCGCCAGCCAGGACGGCUUCCUGAGGGUGUUCGGGUUCGACGCAGCAGAACUUCACGGAACAAUGAAGAGCUACUUCGGCGGCUUGCUGUGCGUGUGCUGGAGCCCCGACGGGCGCUACAUCGUAGCGGGGGGGGAGGACGACCUGGUCACCGUGUGGUCGUUCCAGGACUGUAAAGUAGUGGCGCGGGGGCACGGACACAAGUCCUGGGUGAGCGUGGUGGCGUUCGACCACUGCACCACCAGCGUGGAGGACGGUGAUCCAGCCGCCGAAUUCAGGGGCAGCGAGGAAGACGUCAACGAGGAGGAGGAGGGCAGGAAGCGGGCCAGCAGCACGCACUCCCAGCUCUCACAGAGAAACUCUACAGAUCACCCCGUCAGCGCCACCUACAGGUUUGGCUCUGUGGGACAGGACACUCACCUGUGUUUGUGGGACCUGACGGAGGACGUUCUCUUCCCCCACCUCCCUCUGUCACGCACUCGGACGCACACCAACGUCAUGAAGUCCACCAGUCCCGCAGGAGGCGGGAAAACGAACACUACUUUAUCCAACGCUAAAGACAAUGGAAGCAAUAGUACAAGCACUGAAAACCCAGCUAACUCCCUUCCCGAUUCGCUACCUCGGUCCAACAGCUUAUCGCACUCGGAGGACGGCACCCCCAACAGUCACCGCGGCAGCAACAGCAGCAACCCCUCCACCAAGGGCAGCAGCAUCAUGGACGGCUCCUUCAUCGCCUCCAGCGUCAGCCGCUUCGCAACGCUGUCCUUCGACUCGCGAAGGGAGCGCCACGACAAGGAGCACAAGCGGAACCACAGCGUGGGCUACAUCGGCGCCAAGAGCGGCGACAAGCUCAACCACAGCGGCUCCACCCGCACCGCCAAAACCCAGCCGGCCAAGAUGCUGGGAACCACGCUGUGCCCUCACAUGGAGGAGGUGCCCCUCCUGGAGCCUCUGGUGUGCAAGAAGAUCGCGCACGAGAGACUAACCGUGCUCAUCUUCCUGGAGGACUGUCUGGUGACGGCUUGCCAGGAGGGCUUCGUGUGCACGUGGGCGAGGCCGGGCAAAAUGGAACUGCUCUCAUCUCAGAACAACCCGACCAACUCUCCUGGAGGGACGGUGGUUUAGCCCGGUUUCUGUCGCCGUGGAAACACUAACAGCUGGAAAUACACUUUCAGGGAGGGUGUGGUCUCUGAGAGGGCGUGGUUAAAAGUGACCUUCCCCUCCUAGAACCAACAACUCUUAUUUUUCCGCAGACGGCCCCACAAACUUCAGCGGCAGAGGGACACUUUAUUAGUUUAGAAGUCUCAAAGUCCGUCUUUAAGGUGGAGUUUUGCACAACUUUGCGUCGAGGUCGCGGGGUCACUGACGCGGGGGUUCGGACGCCCGUCGGGUUGUUCCGGCUUCAUGCUAAAUGCUGCAAUCAGAGUUUCUACUUUUAGUUUGCACUUAAAAAGAUGUUGAGGAGAAUAGCUCCACUUUUUGUUUGUCAGGACUCUUUGACUCGGACAAACACCUUUGUGCCCGUUGAACCUUUAUUUUAUUAUUGCUUGAGAGGAUGUUUGUAAAUACUGUAAAUGAUUUAUGGGGAGAUGAUCUUUAUCGGAGUAGUUUUAAGCUCUUUGUGUGAGAAAAUAGGAAUAUUUCUAACAGGAAAAGGGAUGUCUAAAGGACUUAAAUAUGCAAGUGAACAGAUGUACAGAGAGAGACUUCAAGUGUAUUUUCUUAAGGAAACCUUCAGUGAGUGCUUGCUUGGGCAUCAAACAUCUCUCCCAGCUCAGGUGAUGCUAGUGUAACCCCACCCCCCUCUUACCUGAAGGCUCUCAUCCAUCCAUCAACCUGCUUGGGAGUUCUCCUCAAACUCGGCGUGUUCUGCAGGCGGGCCUGACAGCUGUGAGUUCCGAUUCACGAGCUGGCGCCGAGGUUCCAGACAAAGCAACACUGUGCUGAAUUCUGCUCUGCAGAAUGUCGUCCCCUGCUGGCAGUGAACCUGUACUCCUAACAGCCACAUAGGAAUAAGCCUUUUUCCUCAUCAGAUGCCUAAUAAAAGAUUUCUUUUUUGUACCUGCA